UCGAAGGAUCAGGUUUCACAUACGUAUAUUACACUUACUCUGAGAAGAUUUAGCAAUAAAGAAGAAACAUAUUAAGCCUCAUACUUGUAGCAAGGGUGAAUGAAUUGCUCAGUCAAGAAGUCUGCUCAUAGGUUGGGAGCUCCAAGCUCAGUGUUUUACAAUGCAGUGGAUGGCACUGAAGAAAUCCUGAGUGGCUAUUUGGUGAAGUCUCCUCCUUCAGGGCCUUUCUUUAGCCAGAAAUCUUGGAAGAGGAGGUUUUUUGUAUUCUACAAGACCUCUGAUAACGUUCAUUUUCUGAAAUACUACAAAGAUGAAGAUGACAGAGACAAGCCACUAGGAGGCAUCGACUUGUCUGUCCAUACACAGAUUUGUCCUCAUCCGGACAACCAUAAGAAAUGGAAUUGCAUACAGAAGAUGUUUAAAUGCCAGCCUGAUUCAGUGCUUUACAUGUGCACUACAGCGAGGGAAUAUUUCCUCAUUGGAGAAAACAAACAGGAUGUGGAUAAAUGGUUCAAUGCUAUAUUCUCUGUGCUGACAUCAAUUUCAAAAGCGGAACCUUUGCGAAAUACGGGUGCAAACUGUGAAUCAUUUACUGCAGAUGGCAAGCUGAGACCGCAAUCACUCCCAGAACCUUACUACAGUGUACCUACAUCUAAGGCGGGUGCAACCUGUGAAUCAUUUACUGCAGAUGGCAAGCUGAGACCACAGUCUCUCCUAGAUUCUUACUACAGUGUACCUACAUUUAAGGCGGAUCCACCACCUAAACCGGAACCAACUGAAAACAAGAAUCUGUACAUGCCUAUGACUUCAGUCAGGCUAAUAACAGUGGAGGAAGCACAGUCUGACCAAAACAGGGUCUCCACAUCUCCUGAUUCAGGAAACAUUGCUGAUGACAGAAAUCCACAUGACUUUCACUUCAUUAAGAGAGAAGUAUAUGUAGUUCAAGAAAAUCUCAAGAAUCACCUGACCCUUGCAGAGAUUGAUGGAAAACCUUGUGUUGCCCACUGGCUGGGUUCUCCAGAUGAUGGAUGUGUGUUCCAUAAAGGAGACCAGAUUAUUGCUGUUAAUGAUCUUCGGACUGACAGUACUACGGAAGUUCAAACAUAUUUGAAUAAGUCAUUAAAAAAAGAGGUAAAAAUAACAAUGAAGAGACCCAGAGGAUCUGAAUCUUUUAGUGUGGAGCAAUGCUCUUGUGAAUAAACUGAAGGACCAUACCUGACAUGGUAAAGAGCCCUUACAGGACAUUGGGUUAAAACCUUCAUUAUAAUGUUAACUACACCUCACAGGGCACUGAAUGGACUGUAUGCCACAUCAGUGGUUAAAGAAAAGGGCUUGUAACCAGGAGGUCUCCAGUUCAAAUGCCAGCUCAGCUACUGACUCACUGUGUAACCCUAAGCAAGUCACUUAGCCUCCUUGUGCAGUACAGACCAAUCAUACACUUUCAUUGAUAUAAUAUUUUAUAAGACAGCUUUACUCUAGAGGCUUUAAAUAAUGCCUUUAAGUUCAAACCAUCUGUUAAUCACAUUUUAAAAUGUAUUGAUAUUUUGGCUAACCUUCAA